UCUGGAUUGUCCUCGACACUCGAGAACGCAGAACAUUGCCCCCUGGGCACCAGAACUAGACUCGAAGGGGUCUCUUCAAUCCUCCCGGGUGACGGUCUUGCGCGGAGACUGCUGGUCUUCGCGCAACCGUCAUCCAUAACAAUCAUUAUGAUCUCCGAAUAGGUUAUGAUGCUCUCGGCCCGUCUCAGGAAUGCCAUACUUCUCAGGUUUAUGCAGUUGAACCCCUCGACGACCUUGCUCCACUAGCAGCAACCUCGACCUCUCUUUCUACCCACACUUCUUUUCCGAGUCCAGCCAAUAAUUGUAUUGCACAUGGUCCAAUCGACGACCAAGACUUCUCAAAGCUCCUCGAAGAGUUCGAUGACCAGAAGUUUCUCACCAACGCCAUUUGCAUGACUUGCCAAGGCAUCCCUGGAAUUGGUUGUCUUUGCGACCUUUGUGGACUCGUGGUGCUUUUUGAUGACAUAUCCGCGUAUCCUCCCUUGAUCGACCUGACUACGACCCCAUCCUCCAUGAUGUCCCACAGAGAAAGCAGAGAGACCUCCGUUUCCAACUUGCACGUUCAGCAGCCCAACGUAGUUGAAAGAGACCCUCAAAUUCUCUCGAUACCUCGCAUUGGAUCUGCUGAGCUCAUGGAGAAUUCCUCAUUCAACCUGUCACUGCACGAGCCUGGAGGAGUCGAAGGCAACCCGCAAUCUUUAACACCAGCAAGCCUUACUAUGCCCUCGGUCCUCAGAUGCCCGCAUUGUAAGCAAUGCUACGGCUCGGGCCCUCUCCAGGCUCAACGCUUCCGAGAACACCUUGCAAAACACGUGAGCCAAAGAUGUGACUUCCAAGGCUGUGGAGUUAUUCUGAAGAACGAUCGACGAACACUGGAACGUCACUUGAGGACAGUUCACAUCGCUCCAUCGCGGGCUCCAGAGUAUUUCUGGUGUGAAUGCGGCAAGUCCUAUAAACGGAGGGACCAUCUCAUACGACAUGGUAGGAAAUGCAGACGCAGUCAACAAAGGAUGGCAAGGAAGAGUCAUGGUUAGAAGAUCCGAGGUCGAGUUAUCAUCGUUCGAGUGUUUGGGCACGCUCCUCCUUCGAGGUUUGGAUCACCGAGACGUGGCAACGGGACAUCAUACACGGAUGAUCAUCUCUCUUUCAGUUUUUUGCGCUGGGUGGCUUUUUGCAUGGUGAUCUCCACCUCUAUGGUUUGACAGCUCCUGGUGUGAAGCAGACCAGGCUAUCAAAGGCUCAAGUUGAGUUUACGCUACUCUCUUGAAAGGCCUUCAGCUGAGAGCUAGUUCUUUGAUGGAUUGAAAGCAUGUGGACAUCUAUCGAGGAAGCUUCAAGGAGCCUUAGCGAUACUCGAUAUUUCC